AUGAAGUCAUUCGCCCCCCUCACAUUCCUUUUACUCGUUGCCGGGUCAUUCGCCAAACCAUUGCCCGCUGGGAAACCGAAGCCGGUCUCAAGCAAGGUAUUCUCGGAGUUACAGCUGUAUGCAAAGUACUCGGCUGUGGCAUACCGAGACCAGCAGGAGUGCAUCAAGCCGCUUAACAACACUGCCGUGGCUAGGUACGACAAAAAGUCUACCCAAGCAAUUUUGGUCCGAGAUGAUAAGCGGAAGGAGUUCGUAUUGGCAUUCCGUGGUACCGAACCUACCAAAGGCGACGGGGAUUGCAGUAUCGAUGCUCAGAUCUGCAAAACCCCCUUGGCUAUCCCCGGAGUGACUGGUUCAGAUUUGCAGGUCCACACUGGUUUCCAGAAGGCUUGGAAAUAUGUCAACGCGGACGUUAUAUUGAGUCUGAAGAAGGAGCUUAAGUCGAAGCCAACCUUCGCUCUCGUUGUGACUGGUCACUCGCUAGGAGGUGCCAUAGCAGCUUUGGCAUCUCUGGAAAUCAAGACGGCGUUCCCUAAACUGAAUCUGCGUCUAUUCAGCUAUGGAGCGCCGAGGGUUGGGAAUCUUUCAUUCGCGAAGAAAUUGCAAUCGGUUGUAGGGAUCAGCAAUAUCUUCAGAGGCAUGUUGCGCCAUUCCCUGAAUGUUAUUGGAAACUAA